AGUUAUUAUAAAAGAAAAGGCUUAACGUACAAAUGUGUCUUAUUGACAUUUGAUAUAAAUAUUUAUUAAUAAUUAUUUAAUGAAGAAAUUCUGUUGUUUAUAUGCAUCUCGAAUACAUACAUAUAUUACACAUAUGAUCAAACUCAAUAAACAUAAUGAACAAAAUUGAACUACUGUACAGAUAUCGGCAGGAAUGAUAUCCCUUGUCAAACAUACUCUGCACACAGCUCUUGGGGUAGUCCGGAAUAUGCAUUGCAUCCCAAAGGCAAGAACCAAUCGUGUAAAGAAUUUUACACAGGCCAAUUGAUACUAGCGCACCCUGAGCACAUCUCAAAAUACGGAAGUGCCAUAACCUCAAAAAGAUGAUCGUUUUACCGCCAUUCGCGUUUGUUUCGUUUGUUUGAUGAUCGAGAGUGUGCGAAGAAAAAUUUUGUAAAUUUUCAAUAGUGAUCCUUUGACAGCAAUCAUUGGUGUAUUUCGUUUAGUGCUCGUGUUGCAUUAUAUCUCGCAAACAUGGCAGUGCAACCUAACCAACAGUUCAACAUGGAUCCUCCUACGCAACAGAGCUUUGUCAGAUUUUUCAAAAGUCUUCCAGAAAAACUUGAUACCACGAUACGCUUCUUUAAUAGAUUAGACUAUUAUACGGUACAUGGAAACGAUGCUCUUUUUGCCGCACAAGAAGUAUUUAAAACAACGUCUGUUUGUAAAAUGAUUGGAGCUGAGCCGCAUAAAACGGAAGGAGUUAUUCUCAACAAAAAUCAUUUCGAGACAUUUGUGCGCGAUUUGUUAUUAGUAAAACAAUACAGAGUUGAAGUUUAUGUUAAUCAAGGCACGACUAAAAAUCAAAACUGGAUCUUGGAGUACAAAGGUUCGCCUGGCAAUCUGUCUCAGUUUGAAGAUAUCUUGUUCGGCAAUAAUGACGUAGCUGUGGGUGUAUCCGUAAUAGCUGUGAAACUGGGUACAGAAGGAAAGUCCAGAGUCGUUGGCUUAAGUUGUGUAGACGUCAUUUCAACCUUAAUUUCGGUCACUGAAUUUCAAGAUAACGAAUCAUUUUCGAAUUUAGAAGCGCUUAUUGUAACUCUCGCUCCAAAAGAAUGUUUGUUAAUUCAAGGAGAAGGCAGUUAUGAAUUUCAAACUCUCAAGCAAUUAGUGGAAAGAAAUAACGUGAUGAUUACUUUACGAAAAAAAACUGAAUUUGCCAGCGAUUCGAUUAUAGAUGACUUAAACACGUUAAUAAAAUUUAAAAAGGGACAAAAACAAAAUGCACAAUCGUUACCUGAAAUUAAUUUAAAUUUAGCUAUGAAUGCAACAUCUGCUCUUAUUAAAUAUUUAGACUUAACAUCAGAUGAAGGUAAUAUAAAUCAAUUUAAAUUGAAUCAAAUCGAGCAGUCACGAUAUAUAAGAUUGGAUUCUGCGGCAAUAAAAGCUCUUAACAUCGAACCACAUGCUGAUACAAUUUUCAACUUACAUGGAAAUCCAGUUGCCAGUAUUUUAACAUUAUUAGAUAAAUGUAGAACUGCGCAGGGACACCGAUUGAUCGCGCAAUGGGUUCGACAGCCUCUUAGGGAUUUAUCCUUAAUAAAGGAGCGACAUGAUAUUGUUGAGCUGUUAGUGCAAAAUAAUGAACUGAGAUCCGUUCUUAGUGAUGACUACUUAAAACGUAUACCGGAUUUGCAACAGCUUGGAAAGAAACUGGCUAGGAAGAAGUCGACGUUGCAAGAUUGUUAUAAAAUCUAUUUGUGUGUGUCAUAUUUGCCAAAACUAAUGGAACAGCUUUCGCAAGAACAUGUGAUAGCAUUGAAAACAAUGAUAAUAGAUCCAUUAAAGGAACUUAUAGAUGAUAUGGAUAAAUUUCAACAGCUGGUAGAACAAACAGUCGAUUUAGAUGCUGCUGAAAAGGGAGAAUUUAUGGUGAAUCCAAGAUUUGCAGAUGAUUUAAAAACCUUAAAAGAUGCAAUGGUUGAAACGGAAGAAGCCAUACAGCGACAACUGAAUAAGGCAGCGAAUGACCUUUGCUUAGAAGCAGGAAAAACGAUAAAAUUAGAAUCUAAUCAACAAUUCGGCUAUUACUUCCGUAUUACGUUAAAAGAAGAAAAAAUACUUAGGAAUAAAAAGCAUUACACCAUUCUGGAUUCUGUUAAAGGUGGUGUAAGAUUUCGAAACAAUAAAUUAAACGAAUUGAAUGAUGAUUUUAUAGAUACCAAAAAUAAAUACUUAGAGAGACAGAAAGAUAUUAUUGCGGAAAUUGUAGGAAUUGCAGCUGGCUAUAGUGACACAGUGCGUACUAUCGGUAGCGUGCUGGCAUGCCUUGACGUUCUCACUGCUUUUGCUUCUACAGCAAUAAGCGCUAAUAAGAUGUACGUACGCCCCAAAAUGGUCCCCAGUGAAGAGGGUGAAUUAAAUCUUAUUCAAGUCAGACACCCAUGUUUAGAAAUGCAACAAGGAGUUGAUUAUAUUGCUAAUGACAUCGAUUUUAAAAGAGAUCAAUGUCAUUUUUGCAUUAUUACUGGUCCAAACAUGGGAGGUAAAAGUACUUAUAUUAGAUCUGUUGGCGUAACUGCGUUAAUGGCACAUAUUGGCAGUUUUGUGCCUUGCGAUAAAGCAACUAUAUCGUUAUUGGAUUGCAUAUUGGCUCGAAUAGGAGCUGAUGACUCCCAGUUGAAAGGAUUGUCGACUUUUAUGAUGGAAAUGAUAGAAACUGCUGCUAUUUUAAAAACAGCGACAUGUAAUUCUCUUGUAAUAAUCGAUGAGUUAGGUAGAGGUACAUCUACUUACGAGGGUUGUGGUAUAGCGUGGGCAAUAGCAGAGCAUUUGGCGAGAGAUAUUAAAUCAUACUGUCUAUUUGCCACGCACUUCCAUGAAAUAACCAAAUUAGCCGAAGAUAUACCCACUAUAAAGAAUCAACAUGUUACUGCUCUUGUCGAGGACAAUAAAUUGACAUUACUUUAUCAAGUAAAGCUAGGGGUUUGCGAUCAAAGUUUUGGUCUUCAUGUCGCUAAAAUGGCUAAUUUUCCACCAGAUGUAAUAGAGUUCGCUAAAAGAAAACAAGCUGAACUUGAAGACUAUCAGGGCAUAGAUUUUGAAGGAUCUAAUAACCCUCAGAAGAAACAGAAGAUUAUUCAGGAGGGUGAAAUCCUUAUUUCACAAUUUCUCACGAAGUGUAAAACUUUGGACCAGUCUUUACCCGAUGCGGUCUUAGAGAGUCAGAUAUCAUCAUUGAAAGAAGACGUUCUCUCCCACAAGAAUCCUUACAUCGAAGCAUUACUCACUGCUUCUUAAACCGAAAAUUAUAUAUCACUCUAUGGAUACAUAAAUCAAAGAAUAUACAAGAUUUUUCUCAUUAUAGAUACUCAUUAGAAAUAAUAGUUUUAAAACUUUUAAUAUUAAUUUACAUAGAAAUGAAGAACUUAAUUUUACAGUUUCUUAUGAAAUGUAAAAGCUUUGAAUCCGUUUUUAUUUAAUGCUGUCCAAAAAAUAGUUAAGUCUUAUUGCUGAAGGAAAACAAGGUUUUCUCCUGCAAGAAUCCUUACAUCAAAGUAUUACUAGUUUUUCAAAUCAAGUAUUACACAUAUAUGUUGCAGAUACGAAAAAAGAAUUCAACCAAGCAGUAUUAUUUUUAGUCUAUAGAUUAACUGAAUCAAAUAUAAAGAAGAAAGAUGUAGAUAUUUUUCAUUAAAUAAAUAUUGUACAAGUGCA